GUUGCAGUUCGUCUCCGCGCCGCGGCGUGUCGCUGUACCGCAUCAGCUGCUGCGCGGCGGAGGGGAAGUGCGUCAGUGAUCCGUGUGACCACAGGACUCCAGAGCUCACGAUGGCUCUCAGGCUGCUGGUGGGGAGGGUGUGUGGUGUUUCUGUCAGAGGUGUGCCGUCUGGCGUCUCCUGCUCCUCGUCCUUCUCCUCUCGUCUGAACGCCUCCUGCAGGAGCGUGUCGUUUAGCGUGCAGGACCACGACGACUUCACCCAGAGAGUCAUCAACAGCCAGCUGCCUGUCCUCAUCGACUUCCACGCGCAGUGGUGUGGUCCCUGUAAGAUCCUCGGCCCGCGGCUGGAGAAGGCCAUCGCCAAGCAGAAGGGUCGAGUCGUUAUGGCCAAAGUCGACAUCGAUGAACACACAGACCUCGCCAUCGAGUACGGGGUGUCGGCGGUUCCCACGGUGAUCGCCAUGCGCGGCGGUGAUGUCAUCGACCAGUUCGUGGGCGUCAAAGAUGAAGACCAGCUGGAUUCUUUUGUGCAGAAGCUGACUGAAUAGUGAAGCUGUCAAUCACUGCCCCCUCUAGCCCCGCCCACCUCACAGACAAACUGCGUCCCGGAGGCUCUUCGCUUCUCCUUCUCUCCUGCUUUCCUUAACUGUGUGUGUGUGUGUGUGUCGA